AUGGGACUGCCGACCUUCAGAGAUGUGGCGAUAGAAUUCUCUCUGGAGGAGUGGGAAUGCCUGGACCCUGCUCAGAGGAAUUUGUAUAGGAAUGUGAUGUUAGAGAACUACAGGAACCUGGUCUCCCUGUCUUGCUGUCCCUAAGCCAGACCUUGUCACCUGUCUGGAACAAAGCAAAGAACUGUGGAAAGUGAAGACACACAAGACAGUAGCCAAACACCAAGCUAUGUCUUAUUACAUUCAAGACCAUUUGCCAGAACAGAGCACAAAAGAUUCAUUCCAAGAAGUGAUGCUGAGAAGUUAUGGACGAUGUGGUCUUGA